CGCACGGAGCCCUGUCCUCACUGUGGACAACCUCAGCAACUCCACCUCCUGCAGGAACACGUUCAGAGCUUGUGUCCAGAUGUGGAGGUGGACUGUCCCAACACCUGCUUCCAGAAGGUUCUCAGACACAAGCUCGUGGAGCAUCAAGAGUCAUGUCCCGAAGUUCACGUCAGCUGUUCAUACAGCAGGUUCGGGUGCUCUGUUCAGGGUAAAAGAGGGACAGUGGACAUUCAUGAAGACGCUGCUGUCAAUCAUCACAUGCUGCUGGUGCUGAGGAGCAACGACCACCUGGAACAACAGGUGGAAGUUCUCCAGCAGGAGGUGCUGUUGAGGCAGCAGGAGGUUCAGGCGGACAAUUUGCUGCUCGCUGGUCUGCAGAAAAAGAUUCGACCGCUGCUGCAGCAGACUGACAUUCAAGAAUGCGACGUCUCUGCAUCUCAGAGGACGCAGCGCAGGCAGGACGACGUCCUGUCCACCGUCCUCUUGGACGUCCAGCAGGUGUCUCGGGGACUUCCUGGUCUGGAGGAGCUGGAGCAGCUCAGACGGUCUCUGGACACCGUGACACAGGAAGUGUCGACGGCCGAGGCGCUGAAAGAACAUCUGGGACGUGUGGAGGACAACGUGAAGGACCACUCGUGUCUCCUGGAUCUCCAUGAAGCUCAGCUCAGCUGUAAUAAGCAGCGUCUUCAGGAGCUCGAGGCCACGUCGUACGACGGCAAACUCAUCUGGAAGAUCCAGGACUUCAGGAGGAAGAGAGAUGCAGAGGUCAGAGGUCAAACGCCGUGCCUGAGCAGCGUGUCGUUCCACGCCGGACGCUGCGGCUACAAAAUGGCCGUCAAAGCUUACCUGAACGGUGAUGGCGAAGGCCGCGGGACUCACCUGUCUCUGUACGUGGUCCUGAUGCCCGGGGACUUCGACGCGCUGCUGCCGUGGCCGUUCAGACAAACCGUGUCUCUGUCGCUCCUGGACCAGAGAGGCGCCGCCGACCACCGCAGCCUCAGCUUCAGACCCGACCCGGCGUCUAAGAGCUUCCAGCAGCCUGAUACCAGGGCUGCGAGUAACCUGGCCGUGGGAUUCUCCUGCUUCUGUCCCCUCGAUGAGCUCCAAGACACCAGGGAUGCGGCAUACGUCCGAGACGACACGCUGUUCGUCAGAGUGAAGGUGGACAUGUCGGGUUUAGACUUGUGAUCAGUGAGCGUGUACACUCACUCUCCCACACCAAAGUCCAAAGAGAAAAUCAGUGAUUUUAG